AUGGCCCAAGAUUCAAAGCCACAACCAUUCAUUCCGCACGAAAUCGUUGUGAAAAUACUCUCAAGACUCCCCGUAAAGUCCCUGUUACAGUUGAGGUGCGUUUCCAAAUUAUGGCGUUCUUUAAUUUCUAGCCCUCAAUUCGCCAAAACCCAUCUAGAUGUAUCAAGCAAAAACAAAGAUUAUGCUAAGCAUAGGCUCAUUUUCAUCUCUGCUUGCUAUCGUUAUUGUCUCAAAACUUGUUCUCUUCAAUCUAUGUUGUAUGAACCCUCUGUCACUGCUAUUGAUGUGGAAUGUCCUAUCAGUGAGUAUUCGCUUGUGGGUUGUUGUAAUGGAUUAGUUUGUAUUGCUGUCAAUUAUGAAAGCAUAUUUUUGUGGAACCCAUCUACGAGGGAAUCCAAGAAAUUGACUGAUUAUGGCGUUACAUUGAAAAAUAUCGAUAGUAUUGCGCUUGGAUUUGGUUAUGAUGAGAGUAGUGAUGAUUAUAAAGUGGUGGGGAUUUUUGUAGAUUGGUGUAAUUGGGACUCGUAUGAGAAUGAUGUCCAGGUUUAUAGUUUAAGGACUGAUACUUGGAAGAGGAUCGAGCAAUUUCCUGGUGGUACUUCUGUUGAUUUUCGGGGUAAGCUUGCUAGUGGGGCACUCCAUUGGGCAUGGGGUAGUGAUAUGCAAUCAACAGAUUGGGUCAUUGUUUCUCUCGACUUAGCCAAGGAGAUGUCCAGGACGAUAGCACAACCCAACUAUGUAAAUGAUGAAUUUUCUUCGAUGUUAGGGGUUUUAGGAGAAUGUCUUUGUAUACUGCGUCAAUAUGGAAAUUUUGCAGAGCUAUGGGUGAUGAAGGAAUAUGGAAAGAGCGACUCUUGGUCUAAAAUAGCUACCAUGUCAUAUUCGAUGUUUCCGAAGUUGCGAAACCAGUAUGAUACACCAAUUUGCAUUUCAGAGGAUGGUAAAAUUUUGCUCAGUAUGAGGAGAGAAGUAGGACUGUACAAUCCAAAGGAUAAUACGGUGGAGUAUCCUGAGGUUCAUAACUCUGGUGCUUGUUUUGAACACAUGACCUAUGUUGAAAGCCUAGUUUCACCAAAUGUGGACAAGGGGGCUGAGAGACAGCAACAAUAA